AUGAAGAUCCGCUCGCCAGUCGCAGAGGCCCUCAAGGUCACAUCCUCCACGGUAUCCGGGAAGUUGCCAAAGAACCUUCCGCACCACGCGGAUGCAGACAUGGCCAUUCUGCACAACCUUGGCAUCGAGACGGAAGCCGUCCACCAUAAUGCCCGCCCUGGGACCUUGUACGAUGAGGCUCUGCGCUAUGAGAAAGGUUCCGCCAUUUUGUCCACGGGCGCGCUGGCCGCCUUUUCGGGUGCCAAGACAGGGCGCUCCCCCUUGGACAAACGUGUGGUCAUGGAGCCAACCACGAAGGACGAUGUUUGGUGGGGAACAGUGAACUUGCCCCUGAGUGAGAACAGCUUCAAGAUCAAUCGAGAGCGAGCAAUCGACUACUUGAACACUCGCCCCAGAUUGUAUGUCCUUGAUGGUUUUGCCGGGUGGGACCCGGAGUUUCGCUACAAGAUUAGAAUUAUUACCAGCCGUGCCUAUCACGCCCUCUUCAUGCACAACAUGCUGAUUCGCCCUACUGCAGAAGAACUUGCCAACUUUGGCACCCCAGACUAUACGAUUUACAACGCAGGCGCUUUCCCUUGCAACCGGGCCACUGAAGGCAUGGGCUCCGGCACCUCGGUGUCUCUGAACUUUGCUUCCAGGGAGGUGGUGAUUCUCGGAACGCAGUACGCUGGGGAAAUGAAGAAAGGUGUGUUCACCAUCAUGAACUACCUCUUGCCCAAGAGGGGUAUUCUCAGCAUGCAUGCCAGCGCCAACGAGGGCAAGGAUGGUGAUGUCACCAUUUUCUUUGGCCUGAGCGGCACCGGGAAGACGACGCUCUCAGCCGACGAGAACCGGAUGCUCAUCGGUGAUGAUGAGCAUGCCUGGACCAGCAAGGGCAUCUUCAACAUCGAGGGCGGAUGCUAUGCCAAGGCCAUUGGCCUCACUCGGGAGAAGGAGCCUGAAAUUUGGGAUGCCAUUCGCUUCGGCUCCUUGCUAGAGAACGUGGUCUUUGACCAGCGCACAGGCCAGGUUGACUAUGACGACGGCAGCAUUACUGAGAACACACGAGUGUCGUAUCCCUUGGAGUACAUUCCCAAUGCGAAGCUCCCGGCGGUUGGUGGACACCCAAAAAAUAUUAUCAUGCUCACAUGCGAUGCAUUCGGCGUGCUGCCACCGGUCUCCAAGCUGACACCUUCCCAAGCCAUGUACCACUUCAUUUCCGGCUACACAGCAAAGGUGGCUGGUACAGAGGUUGGUGUGACAGAGCCCACUGCCACAUUCUCAGCAUGCUUCGGUGCACCAUUUAUGGUAUGGCACCCGGCCAAAUACGCAGAAUUGCUGGCAGAAAAGAUGGCGAAGCACAACGUGAAUGCUUGGCUCAUCAAUACGGGAUGGACUGGUGGUGCUUUCGGCGCAGGCCACCGCAUGAGCUUGAAGGACACACGGGCCAUCAUUGAUGCGAUUCACUCUGGCGAUUUGGCAAAAGCCGAGUAUGAGAACUUCCCAAGGUUCAACCUGCAAGUGCCAAAAACCUGCCCCAACGUGGACUCCAAGAUCUUGAUGCCAAACAAGACUUGGUCCGACCAGGCAGAGUUUGAGAAGAUGUCCGCAAAGUUGUCUCACCUGUUCAAGGACAAUUUCAAGAAGUUCGAGGAGGGAUGCUCAGCAGACAUCAAGGCAGCCGCCCCCGAGUGA